AUGCUCUUCCCCGUCUCUGCAGAUUCAGCCAGCACUUCUGCUCUUCUCUCUUUAUGGUCUUCCUUUAUCGCCUCUCUGCAAAGCCUUGCGAGCUUGGACCCUUCUUCGCGCAGUCGUGAAGGUGUUCAACAAGCCGAUAUAUUCCUUGUCGAUGUUGUCCAUUGCCGAAUCUUCCCAAAAGCCGUCCAGUGUAGCGAAGAGAUCCCAGCUGAUGAUAGUCCCGGGAUUUCUCUCUCUGAACUUGGCGGCUUGCUCUGCUCUCCUUGUGAUGGAAAAUCUUCCUCGGAGGAGGCGAUGGUCCGAUCCCGUAUAGAACUUUGGUACAACAGCGACGUCCGUCAGGCAGAACCUUUUAUUGACGAUGAUGUGGUCUAUCUCAUUACGGUAUCCUCCACCGGAUGA